UAUCUCGGUCACUGCAUGCACACUAAAGCGAAGAACUGGGAUCUGAAGUUGGGAUCGAUUUUUGGUCCAGAAAAUUCUGCACAGCUCAGAUGGAAAGCUGCACUACACAUGGUCUUACACAAAAUAAAAAGCUGUAGAGUCUUUGCAGCUGAGUAUCUCAGGGCAGAAAGCAUUCAGAGGAGCUUGGUCUUUGGAGUUAUGGAAAUACACCAUCCAUCCUUCGUAUUUAGAGCGAUCCGUUGUGCUUCCCUCUGGUGCCACAGGUGGAUUUAUUGUGCUGGAUGGAGAGACCUUUGAGCUGAAGGGAAACUGGGAACAUGAGUGUGAGGUCCCCUCAACGGGCUAUGACUUCUGGUACCAGCCGCGCCACAACGUUCUCAUCAGCACUGCCGGAAUGGUCCCAAGAAUUGCAGGAUGUGGAUUUAACCCCGAUGAUCUGAAGAAAGGGGUCUUUGGGCGCCGCCUGAACGUGUGGAAUCUGUCCUGCCGCACCCUGACGCAGUGCUUCGACCUGGGGGAGGACUCCUUGCCCCUGAGCGUUAAGUUCCUCCACAACCCCGAUGCUGCCGAGGGCUACGUCAGCUGUGCCCUGAGCGGCAUCGUCUACCGCUUCUACAAGUGCGAGAGAGACAGCUGGGCCGUGGAUGAGGCCAUCCAGAUACCAGCCAAGGACGUGUCGGGGUGGAUUCUCCCCAAGAUGCCGGCCUUCCCUAGCGACCUGGUCAUUUCCCUGGACGACAAGUACCUGUACCUCUGCAACUGGCUGCACGGGGACAUCCGCCAGUACGAGAUCUCCCGGAACUGCAAGCCCCGGCUGGUGGGACAGGUGUUUGUGGGAGGCAGCAUCCUGCGAGGCGGGCCCGUGACGGUGUGCAGAGAUGAAGAGCUGAAGUGCCAGCCGGAGCCCUUGGUGAUCAAGUGCAAGAGGGUGUACGGCGGCCCUGCUAAGAUCCAGCUCAGCGUGGAUGGCAAGAGGCUGUACGUCACCAACUCCUUCUACAGCACUUGGGACAAGCAGUUCUACCCGAACCUGGUCAAGGAAGGCUCUGUCAUGCUGCAGAUCGAUGUGGACACGGAGAAAGGAGGCCUGACGGUGAACAAGAACUUCCUGGUGGAUUUUGGAAAGGAACUCAACGGGCCUUGCCUUGCCCACGACAUCCGCUUCCCUUCCGGAGACUCCACCUCUGACAUCUUGGCCUAGGUGCCGUGGAAGUGGAUCCCUUCUUCUCUCUAGUCUUUAUGCAGCCACCAAACAGAGCGUAGGGUGAUUGGGUUGGGGGCCCCGUUCCUUGCUGGAAUCUACCUUUCUGCAGCCAGGCCAGGCAGCCUUUGCUUUCCGUGCACACAACUCCCUGGGAGUGCUUCCCAGGGCUGAGCUCAGGUCCUUGCUCAGACUUAGAGCCAUGCACUACGCACAGCGCCUUUCGGGCGAUGUCUGCAUCCUCGCCGUGCCAUUCAGAGCCUGCUGGAAGCUGUUGGGCUCCCUGUCACGAUUUGGAGCUUGCUCUCACGUGCUAAUGAAGGCCAGAGAAGGUGAAGUGCCCACAUUGUCUGAGUUGCUGUUCUUCAGCCACGUUUGUUCCUGGGUAGUCCUUCCCUGGCACAGGGGCACAUGGAACUCGCUGGCACAUGCCAGUGCCUGGGCCAGAAGGUGUUGUGUUGCUGAAGGAGUGCAAAGUGCUCCAAUCAGAAAGGGAUGCCUGUUUCCUGAGGCUGGUUUUCUUGUGUUCUGCUUCAAACAUGAAUAAAAGUCUUCUUUGCAUCACCUUGGUUCUCACGUCUUCCUUCAUGGAAGGAUCUUUAUCUGCAG